AUGAGGUCAACAGAUGUGUUCCACAUUGCUGUUGCUGGCAUGCGUACAAGAGCAUCAGCAUUACCAGUCCUGCCACGAAUUCAGCCCUCAUAUCAACGUGCGCCGCAAACCUAUCGAGGCUUCGCAUCAUCCUCAAUAGCCGCAUCUGCUGCUCCUUCUUCAUCAUUACCCUCCAAUGAGGCAGCGACCUCGUCAACAAGCUCAGCGGUCAACACAGCUACAGACUCCGUUGCCGACACUGAUGUCGCAUCAGCAGGCUUCGAGUUCCUGGAACCAUGGGUACCCACCAUUCACAACCUUGCAGACACCUUGCACCUCAGCGGACCUUACGCACACGCACUAUCCAUCUUUGUACUCGCCUUUUCCGUCCGAACUCUGGUCACGCUACCUGUCACAAUAUGGCAGAGGAGCAAGACAAGGAAGUUGACCGAACAUGUGCUGCCCGAAUGGGAGAUCAUGAAGGAGCAGAUCCCACUGGUGGUUCGUGCCAAGUGCAGAAGAGCAGGCAUGUCGUAUGAAGCAUUCGAGGUGGAAGUCAAGAAAGAGCUCAAAGCAAAGCUAGCAGAGCUACUGCGAAAGCACAACGUCUCACCUUUACCCGCCUUCAUCGGCCCAGCAACACUUAACAUCCCUGUCUUCCUUCUCAUGACCGCUCUCCUCCGUCAAUCAGCACUCGAUCUCACCUCACCUUUCGCCUCGGAAGUCUUGCCCUGGUGGUCGCCCUCUCCUGAGCUAGCACAGCAAUUCAAAGCCAGCACAGCCAUUCUUGCUGACCGCGGGUUUGACGAAGCAGCCAUCGCCAAGUUGAAAGGCACCAUGGGUGGACCAACACUUGUCGACAAAGACUCGACUAUGCUUGGUCCCGUCACAUUCGGUAUCCUUACUCUAGCGAACACCGAACUGAACAGUUGGAGUAGGACGAGUAUCGCCAAGAUCAGAGCGGUGAGUUCGGGUAAGGAAGAUGGAGCUUCGAGAACGGCGGAUAAGUUGUUGGCUGAGAAAGGCAAGGAAGGGGCAGAGGUGAAGGCCGAGGAAGAGCCAAGAAGGAUGAGGAUCAUUACCAAUGCUUUGAGGGUGAUGGCAAUUGCCUUUAUUCCCAUUGCUUGUCAGGCUCCUGGUGUAUUGGUGAUCUACUGGCUCUCAUCGGGUAUCUAUACCAUGAUUCAGAACUCCGUCUUUGCUGUGCUGGAUCGUCGCUCAGAAGCGAUCAAAGUUGCUCGCAAGCAGCACCUUUUACAGCAGCAACUACAACAUCGAAGGUAG